AGAAUGCAAGUCUAGUUCUGAGAGAGAGAGGGAGACAGAGACAGAUUGUGUGUGAUGAGGAACACAUUAAUGGUGGGGGACUAAAUACUCAAGAUAUUAAACAAUGUCGAGGAAGUUUGCCACGAUAUGAGAAGAGGAAGUGGGCCACUGAAAGCUCGAGUGUUGAAAAAUGCUUGUUAGACUGAUUUUUGUUAGCAUUCCUCAUUGCGAUUCAUUUCCUUUCCCACCCCAGAAGAGGAUCAUUAUCUGCUACUAGCGCUAGCAUUGUUCUCUUCUUAAUUGCAUCAGAGUCGAUACCCUCGUCUCACUCUUUCUUUGUAAUAUGUUAAUUAGGGCAAAACUUGCAAUAUUGGGCCUUCUUGCCCUUGCUUUGUCUCAGCUCCUUGAUGCCGUUGAUGCUGCAAGACGAGGCACCCACGAUUGCAAGCGCUCUUGCGGAGCUUUAAACAUCCGCAGCCCUUUCAGAUUCAAGGGCGACACUCCCGAAUGUGGCGAGUAUGAACUAGUAUGUGAACAUAAUCGCACCAUUUUGGACGAUGUUGAUUAUGGAAGAUUCUAUGUCCUAGACAUCUUUUAUAAUCACACCAUUCGAUUGGUGGAUGGGAGUCUGAAUAGUGAUGAAUGCUCCAUUCUUCCCAAAUCCUUUCCAUGCAGAUAUAGUUUUAUUUAUUUUUUAAGCUGCCAAGUUCUCAUCAACUCCCCGCUCUACAUCGAUGCCUCUCCUUGCGCCAACGCCUCCUUCUCUCCGCACCCUUACUUUUAUGCUGUAGAUGGCAGAGAGAUACGCAACGCUAUUGAUUUGCAUGAAUCCUGCAUCAUAGAAGUCCAGGUUCCGCGACCCUUUCAGCUUCGGUCUUCGAGUAUCAGCGGUCUCUCUAUUUUCGAUAUUCACCAGAUGUUUCUCAAGGGUUAUGACGUGCCGUGGAAUUGCGCACCUGCUUCUUUUGCUUCCAGCAACGAAAGUACACUUGGAAAGAUAUUAAGCUGGUUGAUGGAUAUCAUUUCAGAGUAUCUUUACACUUUGCGAAUGUUUUUUACCCACGGUUCACUAUCACCAGAUCUCUAUGAAGAUUAUUACUAUGGAAGAAUCCCAUUUGCUUUAUUCAUAAUCGCAGGAGUAUAUAUUAUUAUUAGAACUCCAUUGGGGGUUUCAUGCUUGAUUGCAGCUGUGCUAAUUAAGUUUCGAAGGAGACAUUUGUCUAUGGAUGAUAACAUUGAAGAAUUUCUUCAAAUGCAAAAUAAUUUAAUGCCCAUCAGGUAUUCUUAUUCCAAAAUACAGAAAAUGACAAAAUGUUUUAAGGAUAAAUUAGGACAAGGUGGUUAUGGUUCAGUUUUCAAAGGAACGCUUCGAAGUGGGCGUCUUGUUGCAAUAAAAUUGUUAAACAUGUCGAAAUCACAUGGGCAAGAUUUCAUCAAUGAAGUUGCUACCAUUGGAAGGAUUCAUCAUGUUAAUGUGGUACAACUUAUUGGUUUUUGUGUAGAAGGGUCAAAACAAGCACUUGUUUAUGAUUUUAUGCCAAAUGGUUCUUUGGAUAAGAUCAUAUUUUCAGGGGAAAGAGAUACCACUUUAUGUUGGGAAAAAAUAUUUGAGAUUGCAAUUGGUGUGGCCCGAGGUAUAGAAUACUUGCAUCAAGGAUGUCAAAUGCAGAUUUUACAUUUUGACAUCAAACCACAUAACAUUCUUCUAGAUGAGAACUUCACUCCAAAAAUUUCAGAUUUUGGCCUAGCAAAAUUGUAUGCAGUAGAUCACAGUAUUGCGUCUCUCACUGCAGCACGAGGUACUCUCGGAUAUAUUGCUCCGGAAUUGUUUUACAAGAACAUUGGGAGUAUCUCACAUAAGGUUGAUGUUUAUAGUUUUGGAAUGUUGCUAAUGGAAAUGGUGGGAAAGAGAAGGAAUUUGAAUGCAUUUGCUGAGCAAUCUAGUCAAAUAUAUUUCCCUUCAUGGAUUUAUGAUCGAUUUGACAAAGAGGAGGUUAUAGAGUUAGGAGAUGUCACUGAGAAUGAAAAGAAAACUGUAAGGAAGAUGGUCAUAACUGCUUUUUGGUGCAUUCAGAUAAGGCCUACUGAUCGUCCUUCAAUCAGUAAGGUCUUGGAGAUGCUUGAAGGUGAGGUUGAGCUACUUGAGUUACCUCCAAAACCUUUUCUAUUAUCUCUUGACAGCUCAUCCAAAGACUUUGCAAGUAACAAUUUGGAGGAGGAGCCCACGACGUCGACCCUUGAUGCUACCGUCGAGGGCAUGGAAAUGCCUCCAAUGUAAAUACUGAGAUUAAAAAUAUGGAAACCAUUAGCUUUAAUAAGUUCUACUCCCUUACCCCCUGAUGUUGAUGUAUGGUUUGAUUUCUCCUUACUUUCUAAUGUAGGGUUUUGGUUUCCUUUUAUUUA